GAGGAGGAAAGAAAUAUACUCGCUGGGGCGUUCCUCUACACGCAUUCAUAUCGACACCAACUCACUCACACACACGCACUCGCUGCUUACGAGCUCCCGCUUCUUGGCUCUCUAACACGCAAAAGCUCUCUUCCCCUAAGCCCCCAUUCCUUACAAAAGAACAAUAGCAACUUUCUUUCUCUUUCUAAUGUCAUACAAGGUUCGUCAGGCGGUUCGCGGCGAUGUCGAGGCGAUGAUCCGGAUGCAGGCCGACAUGGCCUGGGAGACGGAGAAGCUCAAGCUGGACGAGGACACGCUGCGCCGCGGCAUGAACAUCCCCUUCGACCGGCCGGGCGUGGCGGACUACUACGUGGUGGAGGAGACGGAGGAGAAGCGGAUUGUGGCGAUGCUGAUGACCACGCAGGAGUGGUCGGACUGGCGGGCCGGGGCUGUCAUGUGGAUUCAGUCCGUUUACGUCGUGCCGGAGCACCGCCGGCGAGGACUGUUCCGCCGCAUGUACGAGCACCUGCGCAAGCUAGUGGAGGAGUCGGACUACUACGAGGGCAUUCGCCUCUACGUCGAGACGGAGAACAAGAAUGCGCAGGCGACGUACCGGAGUGUGGGCAUGGAGGUGGAGCACUACCACAUGAUGAAGUGGAUGAAAGGCCACUUCUGA